AUGGUUCGUUACGCUGCUUCACCAGUCAACCCAGCCAAGUCGGCCUCUGCUCGUGGUGCUUACUUGAGAGUCUCUUUCAAGAACACCAGAGAGACCGCCCAGGCCAUCAACGGAUGGAACUUGGAGAAGGCUCAGAAAUACUUGGACGAUGUCUUGGACCACAAGAGAGCCAUUCCUUUCAGAAGAUUCAACCACUCUAUCGGCAGAACCGCCCAGGGUAAGGAGUGGGGUGUCCAGAAGGCCAGAUGGCCCGCCAAGUCCGUCAACUACGUCAAGGACUUGUUGCAGAACGCUCAGUCUAACGCUGAGGCCAAGGGUUUGGACGUUGCCAAGUUGAAGAUCACCCACAUCCAGGUGAACCAGGCUCCUAAGAACAGAAGAAGAACCUACAGAGCUCACGGUAGAUCCAACGCCUACUUGUCCCACCCAUCUCACAUCGAACUCAUUGUCUCUGAGGAGGAGGAGCAGAUCGCUAAGGCCACCGACAAGGUCCAGCCAAGAUUGAACUCCAGACAGAGAGGUAGAUUGGCCCACUUGAAGCGUAUCGGUGCUUAA